UGACGUCAUCGAUGCACUUAUUGAUGAAGCCAGUGACUGACGUGGUGUACUCCACAAUGCCAUCGGAAGAAUCCCUGAACAUAUUCUAGUCUGUGCUAGCAAAACAGUCCUGUAGUUUAGCAUCUGUGUCAUCUGACCACUUCUUAUAAUAACUAUAUUUGAAAACGAUACUUGCACAAAAAUCAAGACUAUAAUAAUUUCCACUACAUGUAUACAAAUACUGUAUAUUAUUAACUACGUUUGAAAGUACAGUAUUUUGGGCAUUUCUUUAUGAGUGGAAGUUACCUACGUCAGAUCCUUUCACAAUUUAAACAUACAUGCUUCAAAGACAAUUAUGUGGCUGCUUCCUCUUUCGGCUGUCGAAACUGCUGGCUAGUAAAAUUAACUAAACUCUCAUCAUUGUCGGACAACUUAAAAUGGGUAGUUGAUACGAUGAUUAGAUGAAUACUAAAUGUAUCAAUUUGUGAAGAAUUGGGAAUGGAUAAUCUGUAUAAACUGCCAACGUUUCCUCCUGAUCGUAGGUUUGCUAGGUAACGACGUUAGCUGCUAGCUAUCCUUGUAGCCAGAGCCUUCUCUGCCUUUAGUUAGAGCCUUCUCUGCUUGUAGCUAGCUAACGUUAGAUCAGCUGGCUAACUCUGCUCUGCCAGCUACGGGAGAACAUCAACUAGCUAAUCCAGCUACUUGUCAGCACAGUUCAUUGUAGCUAGCUACAUAAAUUUGACAGUUCACGUUAUCUAAAGACAAUGGCGUCGUCAUUUGUGAUUGGAAACACAUUUCGAGAAAGGGUAAGAGACUUGCUGGAGAAGUAUGAGGCUUCAGUUCCAACAGAACUACAGAAAGAAUUGGAGGAUAUUCUUCAACAGGAACAACCAUCAACUCUGUCCUUCAGAACUGCAAGAAAACUUAAUAAAUGUCUGCAAGACAAUGGUAUCUAUAAACACAGUUAUAUAACACAUAUCUUACAUUUCAUGAAUUGAGUACUAGCCUAUGUGUGCUUUUCCUUCUUCUCAGGUCAACCUUUCUACCUUAAUGAGUUGUUGGAGGACAGCUCAUUGCACCUGCCUAAGGUUGAAACGCCACCCAGAGUAAGUGAGACCUCGUAUGGUUAUUUAUUCAGUCCCUUAAUUUGAUCUCCAUCACGAGGACUACAUCAAAGUGUAACAACCUCUUUGUGACAGAACCCUGUGCUUGUGGCUCGUCUGGAGCGAAUCAAAGCCAAGUUGGCCAAUGAAGAAUACAACAGGAUCACACGGAAUGUAAACACUCAGGUGAAUUGCACAGUGCACACUCAGCAUGUAGCCUACUGUAUGUGUUGGAUUGACAUAUGGCAGCCAGCUUAAAUAUAUGAUAGUCUUUAUUGUUUGGGUUGUGUUGUUGAUUCAUGCGAGUACUUCUCUGCCCCCCAGCAAAUUAAUCGUCGUGAAACACUGGCAGACUUUGGGAGAGAAGGUUGGUAUGGGUUACAAACGUUUGCAUGCAAUCUGUCUCUAAGAUUCUUACGAUCCUCUUCAUCUACCUUUUCCUCAACCCUCCCUCCUCCAAUGUUGACGUGUGUAUGGUCUGUCUGUAGUGCGCUCAGCCAAAGCUGCUGUUGUGACGGUCUUAAACUUCCUAGUGACAGUGGCGGCGACGUUCGCUUGCGCCUAUCUCGGCAGUCAAUACCUCUUCACAGAGACAACAGCGGUAAGAAUCCAUACAAAGAUCCCUCACUUGUACAAGCUGGGCAACUAUAAACCCCUAUUGCCUGACGAGAUUAAUCGUGUCACUUAAACCUAGAUUGCAUGAUAAGCGAUGAUUAAGCUAGGACUGCAUUGUGUUGUGAAUUGACAAAAAUAUUGUUUGAAAAUGUAAUCACGAAGAAAGCUACAUUUCAAAACACUUUAACCCUGUUUAAGAAUCAGUAUCUUUGUUGACAUGUUUGCUUGUGUGUUUCAGAGGGUGAUAUCUGCAGUGAUCGCUGCGUCCGUAGUCGGCCUGGCAGAGCUGUAUGUUCUGGUACGAACCAUGGAGGGAGCGCUAGGAGAACCAUAGCACCAGUCAGUGUUCUUCUUAUCAACAAAACACAUUCCUGGAGAACAAUGACCUUAUCUGACUGAUCAGUGGACUUCAAAACAGAAAUCAAAGGGGUU